AUCUCACGCUCGAUGGAAUGACGGGAAAGAAUCUACUGCCAGGAAAUUUCGUGUGUAUUGCAACUAUAAAUGACGUAAUGUUUUUGUGCUGGCACCAAGACUAAGUAUACGAAGUAUACUGAAGUGAAGGAUAGCACCCGAUCCGACCCAGCAGAGAGCAGGAAAAUUGGUUCGUUCUUUGCAAAUUGAAAUAUACUUUGGUUCGGGAGUUGUGCCUCCGGGUUUACGACAGAGCAGAGAAAAGGAAUCGUUUCUAAAUUGUGUGUGCUAUGGUGUAGAAAAUUACGGUGUUAACACAAAGAAAGUGAGAAAAAAUAAAGGUGUCUGCCCUUUUGGGUGCAGAGUGAAGAAAUUCGAAAAGAAAAUGGUUGAUAAUUUUGAAUGUGCUGGUUACACUUUUUACUCCAAAUUUGACUCGGGAAAUCUGGGCAAAGUCGAGCUGGUUAGAUGCUGUGAGGGACUAAACAUAAUCGGUAGCAACGUUAGCACGGCUGCAAACGUUAGUUUAUUGCCAUCGAGUGGCGGUGGAGUGCUUUCGCCCACUGCCCCGCAUCAGACUGCUCUGUCUACCGGAAUCUCCGGAACACAUCCAUCUCCCACAGUACCACCAACAGUAGCAGCAGCAGAGCAACCAUGUUUGACACCCCCAAUAGUUCCUACUUCGGCUGGUGGCUCUGUAACAGUCGUUGCGCCUCCCGACCUGCAUCAUCAUCAGCUGCUACACCACCACUCGGCAGCGUUCGUCGAGGUGGAAUACAAUCUCUGGACGCGACCCGAUUGCGCCGGAACACCGUACGAAAAUCAAAACAGGACCUGGUUUUACUUCGCUGUGACGGGUGGACGACCCAACCAGAUUGUCAAGUUUAAUGUGAUGAAUUUGAACAAACAGGCGAAGCUAUUCAGCCAAGGAAUGCAUCCUGUGAUGAGAGUAGGACCGGCCGGCAGAUGGGAGCGAAUCAGGGAUAAGCCAUCGUACUCGAUCGCCAACGAUAUAUUCUUCAUAUCAUUCCUCCAUCGGGCGCCGGAGUCUGCAGAGACGAAGACAUACUACGCGUUCACCUUCCCAUUUACCUACAAUGAACUGCUGGAGCAGUUGGGCAACUUCGAUAAGCGCUUCGGCCGACACCCAUUCGAAUGGCACCAGAUAGCUCACGAGAUAUCACUGAAAUAUGAUGCCUCUACCGGCGCUGGACCAGUGGAAAUACUUCCUCAGACCGUUCAUCACGGUCAGUCCCAGAAGAAAGGCAAACUAGCCAAGGUAGCGAAAGUGGAACGGCGUAGUCCCCACUCGUUCGAUGAUACGGCCCGUGAUGGUACCGGGACCGAUGAUGCGACCCUGCCGAAAGUGAGUGAUCCAGGGGGAAAACUACUGGAAGAAACCGAACCAUCUUCAUCGAUGUCGAUUGACGACAGCAAUACAUCCGAGUCGAUGCAACAGAUAACGAAGCUAGUGAAUAAAGUGAAAAUUGAGUUACCUCAGUCUCAGCCAACACUCACCGACCCGAGCAAGCAAAGGUUACCAAUUUACCAGCAAGUACUGAACGUUCCUACCCUAGACGACGACACGAAAGCGACGAAUCUCGACCACCGGGACGAUAUCUACUACUACAGAGAACUGCUAACGCAUUCGGUAGAGAAGCGACGGGUUGAGCUGCUUACGAUCACCUCGUUCCACGGGAUUCAAACGACUCGUGAGGACCGACUGCAGAAUCUAUUCCCCGACGAGAAGACACCGCGGUGCCAUACGUUUAAACAUAAGAAAAUUAUCUUCAUCUCAUCGCGCGUUCAUCCUGGCGAAACGCCAGCCAGCUUUGUGUUGAACGGGUUCCUCAGUAUGCUGCUGGACAGAAGGAGCAUCGUAUCCAUCACGCUUAGGAGAAUGUAUGUGUUCAAAAUUGUACCGUUCCUUAAUCCGGACGGCGUUUACAAUGGACUGUAUAGAUCCGACACCCGAGGCCAUAACCUGAACCGAGUAUAUCUCACACCGAAUUACGAAACACAGCCUUCGAUUUAUGCUGCCAGAAAGCUCAUCAGAUAUUACCACCUCGGUACAGACGAACCAGAACCGUAUGAACUAGAGAUGGACAAAAAACCACCCCUAUCAAAAAGUCCCGACACAAGUAGCGAAGAAAACGCUGUAGAGGAGACACCUUCAGCUACCGCUGAAGUUAGCAGUGCAAUAAAGAAGUGUCCGUCGACUAAGAAAGCUCAAUCUAGCACGAAAAGACAAAAUUCGGUCGAAACCCGGAAAAAUCGAACGUUACCGUACCACAAAGGUUUGCAGCAAAUGUGCUCACCUGCGAACAACGAAUCCAACACGACGUGGUCCACAACGCUGUUGAAUAAAAUUUUUCGCCGUCGAAAACCGGCCGAAUCGAGCGGGUAUAGGCUGCGCUCGAUCGCUUGCAGAGGAACGUCCGUGUGUCUCACUCCGGUCGUCGAGGAAUCUGCAGAUCUUGUUCCCCUUUCAGCGGACACGAAUCGAUCGGCUUUGCUGCUUUUGAGCAAGACAAGCAGCCUAAUUGUGGAGAUAUCGAACUCGAUGGAGAAAAGCUUCGUAGAUGAUUCCGAGUCAACCGAGGAAAACACGCCCUCCACAUCGGAUUCCGGUUUUGGCGAGCAGUCCCUAUCGAAAUGUAGCACCAUUUCAGCAUCGUCCUCCACCGUAACCUUGGUCGAAACGGAGAUAUCAACGCCAUCAUUGCAAACCCUAGCAGAUACUUCUAACGCCAUGACCGACACCACUGGAGAACCACUACUGGCCAGUAACACUGACUCCAGCACCAUCACAGUCACGGAUGAGGUGCUUCCACCGCCGAAAGUAUUCACCGAGCAGUUGAUCCCCGAUCUGCUCCCCGUGGUUACGGAAAGUGGCCUGGCGUUGCGGCACGUUCGCAGCGCCUCGAAUCUAAGCACUGGCAGCAGCAUGGUUACCAACGCGAGCACAAUCGUGCAUGUUAACACGAAAAAGGCACCGCUGGUAACGGCCAAAGUGAACACCGGAAGAAAAUCUUCUUCCUCGUUUAAGAAUGUUAUGAACAAACCACAUCUGAUAGCUACCACGCCGAACACGCUGAAAAUGAAAGAUUUCGGUAUACCCCAACAACAGCAACCGCAGCAGUCCCAGCAAAUGCAGUCACAACUGAACCAAUCUUCCCUCGGGAAGGGUGGUUCAAUUGGUGGCAAGAAGUCAUCGGCAUUGCACCACAAACGCGGAGAGAGUAAAAUACGUCCCCAGACGCCGCAAAUGUACAGUCACUUCCGGUCCCAUCGGAACGAGUAUCUCAAUCCCGCUAGCCAAAAGAACAUCAAUAUCAGCCUGGAUUAUCUGGCCCAGCUGGACGAGAAAAAUGAUAAGGUGAUAUACGAGGAGAAGAGUAACAUGUUCCUUUACAUCGAUCUGCACGGUCACGCUUCCAAGAAGGGGGUUUUCAUGUACGGCAACCACCUGCCCAGUACGAUCGAGGCCGUAGAGUGUAUGCUGCUGCCGCGGUUGAUGAGCCUCAAUUCUCAGCACUUCCACUACGAUGCGUGCAAUUUUAGUGAGCGGAAUAUGUACUACAAGGGCAAACGGGAUGGUCUAUCAAAGGAGGGCUCUGGCCGGGUUGCCAUUUACAAGUGCACAGGGCUAAUCAAAAGCUACACGCUGGAAUGCAAUUAUAACACGGGUAAAAGUGUCAAUAUAUUGCCCCUCAGGGGAAAGGAACUUGCCACUGCCAAAGUUCAAUCGCCGGUGCCCCCAAAGUAUACACCGGCUGUUUUUGAAGAGGUCGGCCGAGCACUCGGUCCAUCGAUACUGGAUUUGACCAACUCUAAUCCGCAAUCGAGAUUGCAAAAUUCCGACUUCCGGACGCUGCAGGGACUGCGAAAUAUGCUACGCAUCGAAGUCGAACGUGGCUCGUCGAAGGCUCGUAUCACCAACAAGAUUCCAAAGCCACACUCGAAACGAAUCAGCAAUCAAUCGUCUAGCUCGUUGGAGAUUGCCAAAGAGAACGCCCUCCAGUGGGAGAACAUCGGUGGUCCACCGACCGGAACGGUGCCAGGAGGAGCGUGCAGCCCCACCGGCGGUAACGGGAACGGGAAGGGUGGUAACGGCGCCGAACCACUGGGUGGAAAUGGCCAUUCUUCAGGCUGCUGUUCAUCCACGUCCGGCGGCGGACGACAGUUUUUGAAGGGUGGCUCGCUCAAGGCUCACGGCGGGAAAAUUAACCGCAAAGGAAGCGUCGCCGGCGGGAAAGGGUUCGGCAAGAAGGAUGCGGUGAAGAAGAGUAAGAUCCUGUGCGAAUCUGGAGUUGCUAGUGCGGUUGUAGCCAGUGGAAAAAAGCUGCAGGAGUUGAUUCGCAGCAAGGAUCAGCAUCAAGUGCCUAGGAAGAAGAUUAAAGUUUCCCCACCCCAUCAGCAGCACGGCAGUAAUGCAGUAGAUAGUUUUGAUCUGUGCUUCAAGAACACUAUACCUGCCCCGGCAACACUGCCAACCUUUCUGGCCACACCGUCCACGCUCGCUGAACUUCCGCUGUUGAAAAAAGCGAAGGCAGAAUCAAAACUACUCGAGGAAUGUUUGGAAUGUGACGACAGUCUGGACGCGAUACCUUGCUGCUCGUACUCACUCCCCACGACAGCCGCUUCCAGUGCGGUGGCACUGACUAAACUUAUAUCAACCUACAGCCAGGCUAGCCCGGCCGUUGUAAACUGCGGUGAAAUUAUGGCAUCAUCGGCCAGUGCUGCUACCGUCGGUGGUACAUCUAGCAGCUUGAGUGGUUCCGGUGGAGGGGCUUCCUCUGGGUCGGAAAAAGAAGUUGGGAAGAUUGUUAAAAUUAGCAAAUUCAGCAAAGCCACCUCGGCGAAGCAGCAGUCCAAGUUGGGGAAAUCUUCCAAGGCUAACGACGGCGGGAAGCUGCUGAAGAAGAAGCGUUCGCUCAAGACUGAUUCGAAUCUGAAGCGGAAGAAGACCAGGGUAAAACCAGCACUGACCUGAAGAAUGGAGGGACAGCAAUCGACGCAACUUGUGAUUCAGUAAGGAUUUAUUUUUUAUUAUUAGGAUGAUUUUUAUCUAUGAAAAAAUACUUAAAUACUUCGAUUUGUUGUGAAAUAUGUAGAAGGAGAAGAGAAGGAGCUUUUUGAGUAUUGAUUCGAAUCGGUGCUGAUAGGAAUGCUAUGUGCGUGGCAACUGAACGACUUCUUCAGCAGGUUCAUGCCAUUCACAUUAACUCGUACUGCCAUUUUAAGAUUUUUUCUGAAAUCAUUCUACCGUGAUGGAUAUAAUUUGGUGAAAUCGCCGUUCUAAUAAUUUACGCGGUCAUCCGACGCGAAUGUACUGCUGUCGGAUUUCAGUUUACUCUGAAACUGAUGAAGUACCUUGAACACAGACUAACGCUUCUAGGAAAACAUCUCAUUUAUCAUUUUUUUCUAAUUUAUUUAUGUUUGUCAGGUACUUUCUCAUAUUCAGAUUCAUAAUCAGUUGUUAACCAAAAUUGCCGAUAUCGAUACGUUUUUUAGCAAGUGUUAAGCCGUAGUGAGCGUUCACAAACACGCCCUCUAGUUGUUGUAGAAAGAAAAAUAAUAUUCGAAGCAGAGUGAUAAAAUAGCGCUACCGACAUAUACAAUUCACAUCCAUUUGUUAGAUUGUUCCCGCCAGAACAAAUCGAGUCAUUUGGAUAACGUGCACAUGUGGCAGUAGUAGACAAAGUUAGGCAAAGUUUAAGACAAACGAAGGAUUUUUGUUCGGCAGGAAAGCUGCGUAAGUGAUUUGAGCUGUUUUGAUUAGACGAAUGAGCUAGGUAAGUGACGGCUAGAUGGGUCUGCAAAUAUAUAAAAUAAAUAUUGAUAGAAAACACUGCGCAAGAGCAGUUAAGUCUUCGUGCAAAUGCAAUAACAAUAAAAGGAUACAAAGCUGGUGAUACUUGAUGUAACCAGGCUCUAGCGAAACAAAGCUAU